AUGACCACCCUCCUAUCAUUCGGCUCCAACGGCUCAGGCCAACUGGGCCUCUCCCACCAAGAAGACGUCUCCUCCCCCUCCCUCGUCUUCACCCCCCACCCCUCAACCCUCCCCAGCUCAGUCGCCCAAAUAGCCGCAGGAGGGAACCACACCCUCCUCCUCCUCACCAACAACCAAGUCCUCUACUCAGGCGACUCUCACAACAACAACAAAAUCACCCCAACCUUCACCCCUCCACCCCUUCCAACACCUCCCCCAACCCCAAUAAGAUCCAUCUCAGCAACCUGGUCCGCCUCCCACAUAGCCACCCCCUCCCAGAUAUGGGUCCACGGCCACGGAACAAAAGGUGAACUUGCCCUCGGCUCCGGCAUCACCUCGGCCACCUCCUUCCAACCCAUCCCCAACUUUCCACCCUCAAACACAAUAAUCGUCUCUAUAUCGGCCAGCAUGUCCCACGCCGUUGCUGUCCUGAACAACGGCCAAGUCUACGGUUGGGGCGCAGGUCGUAAAGGCCAGCUAGGUCCUGAACCAUCACCCGCGGUGUCUUCACCAAGGUUAGUAUCAUGUCCUUUCCCUGUGGUGAAAGCCCUUUGCGGGAAGGAAUUCACCCUCCUGCUUGGCCCUCCCCGAACAGGAGAGUUUCUGGUAUUAGGGUCAGAUAAAUUCGGGAUUAAAUCCAACGCCCCCUCAGAUCUAAAAGGUUGGAAGGACGCUGGUGCUAGCUGGGGGAGCGUCAUCCUGCUAAAAGAGGACGGAUCCCUCAUCAGCUGGGGAAGGGAUGACCACCAGCAACUUGCCCCAUCGGACAUUGGGCCAGUGGAAAAGAUUGCUGUUGGGAGUGAGCAUGCCCUGGCAUUGACAAGAGACGGCAAAGUCCUGGCUUGGGGCUGGGGAGAACAUGGCAACUGUGGAUCACUUGAGGAGAACAACAAGGAGAGGGCGAAUGUCAUUCAAAUCCCGGAUGAAUACAACUUGGAGGAUCAGGAGGUUACAGCUCUAGGGGCAGGGUGCGCCACGAGUUGGAUUGCCUUUGAGAAAAGGAGGUAA